CCUGACCACUGAGUAUGGCAGCGGCUGAAGCGAGCCUCCAAGGGGAGGGCAACAUGUCAUCAAGCCGCUGCUUUCCUCCUCUCAACUGCAGAUGAUGCGUGCAUAUGAGUGAGCUACUGAUCGUUUGAAGAAGUUACUCCCUCCCAACCCAUGCUGGUAGUAGUAAACCCUAAUUGGGCGUACGGUCUUUUGAACAAAUUGAGCCUCGAUCGGAACCUACUGGCCGUGGCUUCCUCUCGCUUCAACUGGCUGCAGUUCAGAAGGACAGGAGCAGAGAGAAGCAGUCAGGAGUCCUGGCUGCAGUUGACUGUGGCACAGAGAGACAGGGAGAGCAGGCAGCUCGGGAGCCAGAGAGUGGCCACUCAGAGUGGGCAGCACUAUGGAUCCGGGGGUGUGCGCUAUGGAACUCCUCGGGGUCUUCUUCUCUAUUGGUGCCUGGAUCUGCUCGCUGGCCACCACCAUCAUGUCCACCUGGCUGACCCUGUCCACCGACCUGCUGCCCGCGGAGAGCUACGAGCUGGGCCUGUGGGAGACAUGUGUGGUGCAGGACCUUGGAAUUCUGGAGUGCAGACCCUAUGACAGUCUCCUUGGCCUGCCUCCGGACAUCAAACUAGCCCGGAUCCUCAUGUGUGUAACAGUGGCCACGGGCCUCCUAGGUCUCCUGCUAGCCAUUCCUGGAAUCUACUGGAUCAACAGCUGCAACCAGGGGUCUGAGGGUUUGAGGGUGAAGAGAUUGAUGAAGAUGCUGGGGGGGAUAUUUUGCUUGGUCGCAGGGAUACUGGGUCUCAUACCUGUGUCUUACAUCGCUCACCUGACGGUCAUGCGGUUCUUUGAUGAGGCCGUGCCGGCCAUUGUGCCGCGCUGGGAGUUUGGGGAUGCCCUGUUCUGUGGCUGGACGGCGGGGUUUCUACACCUGGUGGCUGGCUCUCUGCUGGUCACCUCCUGCGUGUGCCUUCAAGAGGAGCCCUGCACCUUACAAAUGCCUAUACCGCUACAGAGAAGACAUACACACGUACACAGUACCAAUACCCCACAUAGGAAAAGGUCCAUGGAAUAUGUUUGAUGAGCUAUUGAGAAGUGAGAACAGUAUUCUCAGUAGCCUCUGCCCUGUCUCUAUCGAUGGUGAAUAAAACACUGCUUAUCUAAAGCUUUUUUAUGCUUAUUUACAUUAGCUAUAGUUAUUGAGUACACUUGCUGGGACAAAUCUUUCUUCAUAUUCUGAGACAGAAUUUGCACAUAAUGGUGGUACUUAUUUCAAUCACUCAAACAGGGUUUGGUGCAUGUCAUUGUUUGCAAAAAUAUCACCUACAUUUAUCAAACAGAAAUUCUUGAUGGAACCAAAGAGACUAAAGCUUUUAAAGCUGCCAUUUCUUCCUUGGUACUGUGUAAGAGAUAGUGUGCAAAUGGUGCCAGAGAAUUUGAUGACAAGCAGUAUUUUGUCUGUGAAAUGGCUGUAAACUAUUCUGGCCAAGGUUGAUUAUUCUGUAUGUCAAUGUCAAUGAUUGUCUUGGAUAUCAUAUCUUAUCACAAUACAAAUUAUUUUUUUACAGCAUCUGUCAUCAUUAUUGUCCAAUAACUACAUGAAGCCAGAUUGAAUGAAGCUGAUUUCUCACUAGCAAGGCCAUAAAAAAUGUAUCCCUUCUUAUAGCCUACACAGUUACUCAAUCAACAACGCAUUACAGGAAUAAUGAAUCAUACAAAUUGUAAAACGAACAAAGAGAAAAGGUAUAACAUUAUAUUGUAGAAAGCAAGUAAGAAUUAAUGUGAGGAAUGUACUAAGUAUUUGGGAAUGUGUGUUUUAAAUGGUGAAAUAUAAGGACUUGAUUGCCACAACUUGACAAGACAAUGACUUCAUGGAUAUUUGAGGAUCUGAUUGUAUUUGUUUCAUUUCUGCUGAAAUUUCCACUAUACAUUCUCUCUAGUUAGAGGCCAAUAUUACUGAUUUACCACAUACAUUAUAUCAGAUAUAUAUCAAUAUACAGGUACAUUAUCUUGUAUAUUCCUCUGUAGUGGUUCUGACUCUGAAUUGAUACAUAUCCUAUAUCAGUUAUAUCCAUAGUCUGGAGAAAUCUGUACAUAAAAAAAAGUUGAUAUUAUCAAAUAAAGAAAA